AUGGGCAACGAAGACACUGCAGUCGAGGGGCAAACUGAGCCCCCUAUAUGUGGCUUCAAGGGGCCUCCAUCAAUCCAACCUGCCGAACCAGAUUCGGACAAGUCGACCGUCUGCACAAAGACCCCGUCGAUUUCAGAGUUCUCUGCUGAUUCCGCCCACGUCUUCGGGGCGGCCCAGAUCUGUGGAUACCUCAACACUGACAUCAACGAUGGCCUCACCGGUGCCGAAGCUGCAGCUCGCCUACAGCAGAAUGGCCCGAACAAGGUUGAGGGAGCUAAGGGGAUAUCGCUUUGGACGAUUCUGCUAAGGCAGGUGUCCAACUCCCUGACCCUCGUCCUCGUUAUCACGGCAGUCCUGUCGUUCGCCAUCAAUGACCACAUUGAAGGGGCGAUCAUCUGCGCGGUCAUCUUGCUCAACAUUGUCGUAGGAUUCAUCCAAGACUACCGCGCAGAGCAAACCAUCCAGGCGCUCUAUGCCCUUUCUGCACCAACCUGUAAGGUCAUCCGAGAUGGCCAGAUAGAAACCAUCAAGGCGGAAGGCCUCGUCGUCGGGGACAUCGUGCUGCUCAACGUGGGCGAUGUCAUCCCGGCAGACCUCCGCCUAGGUGACAGCAUUAAUCUCUCUGCCGAUGAGGCCCUCCUGACCGGCGAGUCCCUGCCCAUCAGCAAGCAUGCUGACAGGGUCCUUGCCGACCAGGACGUGCCUCUCGGGGACCGUGUCAACAUGGCCUACUCGGCAAGCACAAUAACACGCGGCCGAGCCACUGGUAUCGUCACUGCCGUCGGCAUGGCUACGGAGGUCGGCAAGAUUGCCGGCCUGCUGAGACAGGCCAAGAAGAGCUCCGAAGGGAAGGAGGGCAUCGCGAAAAUGACCCACCUGACCAAGGAAAAGAUCCGCGUGCUCCUCGGGCUCGACGGCACCCCCCUCCAGGUGUCGUUGAGCAAGUUCGCCUUGCUGUUGUUCGCCCUCGCCAUCACGCUUGCCAUCAUUGUCUUCUCGGUCAGCCGUUUCAACGUCGACGAUGAGGUCCUCAUCUACGGUAUCUGUGUCGCAGUAGCUGUAAUCCCAGAGUCCCUGAUCGCCGUCCUGACCAUCUCCACCGCGCUCGGCACCAAGGCCAUGGCCAAGGGCAACGUGAUUGUCCGCAAAUUGGCUGCGCUGGAAGCGGUGGGCGGCGUGACGAACAUUUGUUCCGACAAGACGGGCACGCUGACGCAGGGCAAGAUGCUGGCCAAACGAGUCUGGCUGGCAGAUGGCACCGAGGUCUCGGUCCGCGAAACCACGCAUCCCUUCGACCCGAGCAGCGGCACUGUCCAGUACAACGGGAACGAGCUGGCCCCGGCCAAGAUGAAAGUCACAGGCCGGGAGGCGGCUAACCUUAGAGGGCUCCUGGAAACAGUUGCGCUCUGCAACAACGCUGCAGUCACGCAGCGAGAGACGUGGACCGCCCUUGGCGAGCCCACCGAGAUCGCCCUGCAGGUGCUGGCCAUGCGCUUCGGAAUGGGCAAGCCAGAUCUGCUGUCCGACGAGAAGACGACCCUGGUCUCCGAGUUCCCGUUCGAUUCGACCUGCAAGAGAAUGACAGUCGUCUACGACACCGGCGACCAGGAGGGCCUCCUCACCGCGUACACCAAGGGUGCCGUAGAGGCGAUCCUGCCACUUCUCCAGAUCACCGACGCCAGGCAGCGCGAGAUCUCCGCCAUGGCAGACACUCUGGCCGCCGAGGGCCUCCGCGUUCUUUGCGUCGCCAAGCGGGCCGCCACGCCGACGGAGCUGUCGAAGCGCGAGACGGCCGAGGCGCAGCUCGACUUCGUCGGCCUGGUAGGGCUCUACGACCCGCCGCGCGUGGAGAGCGCCCCCGCGGUGCUCAAGUGCCAGCGGGCGGGCAUCACGGUGCACAUGCUGACGGGCGACCACGUCAAGACGGCGACCGCGAUCGCGAGGGAGGUCGGCAUCCUGCCCCCCGCGGCGGCCGGCGCGCCGGUCGACCCGCAGGCCAUCAUGCAGGCGAGCGCGUUCGACGCCCUCAGCAACGCGCAGGUCGACGCCAUGGACAGGCUGCCGCUGGUCCUGGCCAGGUGCAGCCCGUCGACAAAGGUGCGCAUGGUCGAGGCCAUGCACCGCCGCCGUGCGUUCUGCGUCAUGACUGGCGACGGUGUGAAUGACUCCCCCGCGCUCAAGAAGUCUGAUGUUGGCAUAGCCAUGGGCAUGAAUGGGAGUGAUGUCGCCAAGGAGGCGGCUGAUAUGGUGCUGACUGACGACAAUUUUGCCUCGAUCGUCACGGCGGUCGAGGAAGGCCGGAGGCUGUUCGACAAUAUUCAGAAGUUCCUCCUCCACCUCCUCAUAUCCAAUAUCGCCCAAGUAAUCCUCCUCCUAGUAGGCCUCGCCUUCCGCGACGCCUCAGGCGCCUCCGUCUUCCCUCUCUCCCCAAUCGAGAUCCUCUGGGCCAACCUCGUAACCUCGUCCUUCCUCGCCCUGGGCCUGGGGCUGGAGGAAGCCCAGCCGGACGUGAUGCAGCGGGCGCCGCACGACCUGCGCGUCGGCGUGUUCACGCGCGAGCUCAUCGUCGACAAGUUCGUCUACGGCACGGCCAUGGGCCUCAUCUGCCUGGGCGUCUUCGCGACGGUCGCGUUCGGCGGCGUGUCUCAGGCCGGGUAUACCCUCGGCGACGGCUGCAACGCGGGCUACAACGGCUCGUGCGACGUCGUCUUCCGCGCCCGCGCCGCCACCUACGCCGUCCUCACGUUCCUGCUGCUCGUCACCGCGUGGGAGGCCAAGCACUUCACCCGCAGCCUGUUCGACAUGCACCCGGAGAAGUACCGCGGCCCGCUGUCCGUCUUCAAGACCGUCUGGGCCAACCAGUUCCUCUUCUGGGCGGCUGUGGCCGGCUUCGUGCUGACGUUCCCGCUGGUGUACCUGCCUGUGAUCAAUGAAGUCGUCUUCAAGCACAUGGGCAUCGGCUGGGAGUGGGGCAUUGUCGCGGCUGGAAUCGUGGUCUACUUGUGUGUGGUGGAGAGUUGGAAGGCUGUGAAGCGUAGAUUCGGCAUUGGUAGUGUCAGGAAGACAGUCGACGGGUUCGGAGCAGCCAGUGACGACGGGAGUGUCGUCUAA